CUCUGCGUGCCGGCUAUUCCUGCCCAAUGGUAGGUGCAUCUGGGCAUGAGCCACACUGCACAGCUUCUCCGCUCGCAGGAGCAAUUCAGAUCAGGCUCUGCUCUUCUCCUUUCAUCUCCAGACCUCUGAUUCCGACCCCGAAACAACCUUGUAGCAUCUUUGCGUUCCAUUCCAGUCCAUUGAGAAACCGUCGCCAACAUGGCCGAAGUCCUCGGAGCCGUAGCCAGCGGCUUGGCAGUAGCUGAGGUUGGCUUGAAAGUCGGAGGGACGGUAUGGAAGUUGAAGAAGUUAUGGCAGCAGGUCCAUGAGGUUCCAGAGACGAUUCAAGACUUGAUGAAGCAGAUUGAAAUCAUGGACCCCGUCCUAUGCGAUUUUGAAACCAACUUCGGCGUCCAAAAUGCCAGCCUAACGACUCAAAAUACCCCACAAUCGAUGCUGAGUGCCAAAUAUUGCCGACAAGCCUUCAAUGACCUGCGGGGUCUGAUUGAGGAGUUGGAUGGAGCCAUACAAGCAGAGAAAAAGGCCAGGAGGACCUUGGCCAAGAUGAGGGUUGUGCUCAAGAAAGAUGUAAUCAAGGGAUUAGGGGAAAGGCUAGACAGGGCAAUGAAGCUUUUACAAGGGGCUCAGACGAAUUAUCUUGUUACCAAUGCCAUGAUUACCGGGGCUAUGGUCACAAACAUAUGGACCGCUAUAACAGACAUACAGCAGGAGACCAGCAAAAAGAACUCUUCAGGCUGGACAGCAAAGCCACCUUUCCCAAUUAUCAGUCAGCCACUCCAUGAAUCUCGAGAACAAGUCCGUCGCAAAGGCAAUGGAGUUCGACGUCGAGCAAACAGGAUCUCUAUGCCCCAGCCGGAGCUCUGUCUCUUUGGCGCUCUUGUGUUUGAUAAGUCCGUGGCAGACAACGAAUCUACUUACGCUGUUCGCUUUCAAUUGCCUAAGUGGCUCUCCCACAAGGUGUGGGACGUUAUCAUCAAUCAAGCCUGCUUUGGCUGGCAAGCCACCCUUUCUACUUGGAACAUUGUGCCUGACGACUCACCCGGUCUGGUGUGUGUCAAGAAUGGUGACCUCGAUGGGCUUAUCGAUCUUUUUAAUCGAGGACUGGCUUCUCCCAGGGACUGCGAUAGCUUGGGAAAUAAUAUGCUUUUGCUUGCUAGUGGGUAUGGCGAAGCUCACAUUGUCCGAUAUUUUUGCGACACAAACCUGGAUCAACCCUACAUCGAAGCUGGUGCCUGUAGUAUUAGUUCUUGUUGGCCCUUGACACUAGUACAACGAUUGCCAAUCGAAUACGCGCAGCGAAUGGUUUCCCGAGGCUUGUUACAGUCAAUGACUGACGAAGUCGAAGACCUUGAAGUUCUCAGUGCACCGAUGUCGGAAAUCUCGCAUUGGGGGAAAUCAUUGACCAUUUCUUACAUGAUGUUUACAUCGCACAUGCCGGAAGUAUUUGAGCUUUGUUUUCGCACCUUGUUUCCUCUUUGGCACAAUCUCCCGCCGAGACGUAAACAGUGGAUCCUUAUGCAGGAUUGGUACUUUUCAUGUCGUUAUCCCUAUUGCCUUUACCUUUGGGGGAGCGUAGGUUUUCGAACAUGGACUGCUGAUGCUCUCCAACUGAUGCUCUUUCCUGACCGUCAUGUCCGGCCCAACGACGUACAGGCAUGGGCCGACGACGGUGCCUCGAUGUUGCACCAGGUUCUCUUCUACAUUCUGAGGUCCGAGUCUGACAUCGCGGAUCACAGUUGGAAGAUCCUGCUGAAGGAAAUAAUCGAAGCCACGGAAGACGUGCAUCACGGGCUGCAAGUGCCACGCUUCAGACGUUUGGGCAGUUGCAGUGCACUGGAAUUGGCACUUUUGUGCGCCCUACUGCGCAUUUUAAGAUUUGGACCGCACAAGUUGGACGGAAAGGGAUAUAGAUGGACUACCCGUCGUUUAUUGAAGCUAACCUUGAUGAAGCUUCAAAUGGCCAUGUCGAAUUUUGCGAGCUGCGGUUACGAUCUGUUGGAGUUCGGACGGCAGGAGUCAAAGACAUGGUUCAUCAAGCACCCCGCUGACCGGAACCGUAAUGUGGGCAACACAUUAUUUGUUGGGAUAGGUGAGAAACGUGGAGGUCUGUACGUCAGAUCCCUCCAUUACGGCUCAGACCCGAAAGACUGGUAUUUUGAGAUGGACUUCCGUUACGAACAUUACGUUGGGCAGUUUUGGAAUCGGCUGGAAAACCCACAUUUGUACAUGAUGCCGGGCGCGUGGAUAGAUUGACAAUGAGACUCGAUAUGGGGAUGGUUUAUACCAUCUUUAGAAUGCUCAUCUGGGUCUUGAGCGCUUACCACUGUAUGAAGGCGCCAUGUAUGUCCUCGGACGUAUACGUACUAGAAGCGAAACCACUUAGAAUGCUCAUACCUAGGUAAUACUCUCUGCGCCGUGGUCAUGUCGGCGCAAGAAUUGGCUAUGAUGCGCAGAGGUUCAUGGUCAGGCUUGCCAGUAGUGGGUC